AUGUAUACAGUAAUGUAUAUCCCAGCUCCCCUGUACUCCAUUAUAGUGAUAUGACAUGUAUACAGUAAUGUAAUGUAUAUCCCAGCUCCCCUGUACUCCAUUAUAGUGAUGUGACUCCUCGAGUCCCCCGCGGCGGUGGAGAUGGUGCCUCCUCUCAGCGGAGGAGAGCAGAAGAAGCCGGAGACCAGAAGUUGGAAACUGGAACUCUGCUUCACAAUGAGGCUUGGAGCGCAGCCGCACCAUCAUCUGUGCUCGCCGCUGAAGAAUUUCUCUUUGCAUUUGGAGAGCUGGCGAGCGGCUUUUUCAAGCCCUGUCUAG